CGCCGGGGGCCUCCUGUGACAUUGGGGCUCGGCCGCACAAGGGGCAGGACGGUUUCUGGAGCCGGGUAGGGAGGGAGACCAUCGCCCGCUGCAGCUAUGUUUCGUGUUAUCGUCAGCCACGCCAGGAAGCAUCCCAGUUUGAUCCCUCUGUUUCUGAUCAUUGGCUCAGGAGGUGUUGGCGCAGCUCUGUACGUCAUGCGUUUGGCAGUGUUCAACCCUGAUGUCUGCUGGGACAAGAAAAAUAAUCCAGAACCUUGGAAUAAACUGGCUCCCAAUGACCAGUACAAGUUCUACUCAGUUAAUGUAGACUACAGUAAGCUCAAAAAGGACCGUCCUGACUUCUGAACACACACAUCUUCACGAGCUGCACAGAAAGGUCUUCCGGAAGCUGUCCGCACAAUUAACAUGCUUAAUCAUCCAGGAAAUAUUCAAACAUGCCUCACGCUGCACUUGGUUAUGUGUUUGAAAGUGUUUUGAUGGGGUUUAAUAAAUGUCUGAAACUUGAA